AAUUAACACACCACAUGUGAUUGAACACCCGACGAGUGAAAUAGAUCGCCGCGUGCACUGAACCAGGGAACGAAAUACAUACUGAUAGCGACCACACGAUGCUACCGUAUCUGUUAACCUUGCAGGCGUUAUCAGGCGCUCUCAGAGGCAAGCCUGUAGAGCCUGUAACGAUGAAGACCGAGCCGAUUCAUGGCGCCUUCGUAGGUCACUCGAUCGACCGACUACCCAUAAAGAAGAGCCAGUUUUCUGAUCUAGAAGCCGUGUUAAAAGUAGCAAACAGGGAGGUGUUUAGUGUGGACGAAGUAGCGGAGCUGCUGGUGAAGAACCGGUCCUUACUAAAAACCAUGUUAACGGUGUGGAUAGAUAAAAACAGAGAUGGACGGAUAAGCGACGAAGAAUUCGUCGGCAAGCACUUCACACAAUAGAGGUCUCCAUCCCGAAUGACGGAAUUGCCCGGGGUUUGGCGUGAAACACCGAGGUCUUCCGGAAGUUCAACGUGCUAAAGCUAAUUACCAAAGACAUACAUGUUUGGAGUUUCGGAUUUGGAAACCCACACUAAUAAUAAAAAAUAGCUGAUA